GAGAAAGAUGUUUGCACCCUCGGUGCGCGCAGAAGAGAGGAGCAGCUGCAUUACGAUCAAAUACCGAGCUUUCAGGUUGAUUUGAACGAAAGUUAUAAUGCACAAAUGCUCUUGAUCGACGUGCAGUAGAUGCAUUUGCCCCUCGCGAGCGCCGCCGUCAAUAGCCCACGAGGCCGCACGACUAUUCAUCUGGCGACUCCACAAACAAACCAUUUUUCGCUACUCGAUCCUUGCGUGCAAUCGCAAUGCAACCACUCUCUCCUCCAGCUCUUCUCCCUUUUCGCCUCCCACAAAUCUUUCCGAUCCUCUAUUCCUGCUCUCCUUACCGUCCAAUUUCUUUUGAACAGCACUUCAACCUACUACUCGAGCAUUUCUCCUAGUUUCCCACGCAUCGACUUUUAUCUUUGGUUUCAUCUCUUGUGGACUCACCCAGUACUUCGCUGCACAGACUGCACACGUCCGCCAUCGCUCAGCAGACGUAAUCGACACACGAUUCUCGAGCAUUUGAACGUUUCCAGCGGCGAUUCUGACGUCUGCCUGCGUGCGACGCAAGAUUAUGGGAAAGGGCGUGCGAGUUGAUGUGAUUGCGUGCGAAAGUCAUAGAUUUGGUAUGUGUCUUUCGAUCUCAGGGGCAAGGGGGAGGGAGGUCUGAACAUCCCACGCAGGGGCUUUGCCUUGCAUUUCGUUGGUCACUUUUGGAGCCUCGGUGGUCAGCGGAGAAGGAGAGACAUGAAAUGGGCGCAUCGCGAAGUUCGAGGAUCCCAUCCUCAGGCAAGGUGCGGGACCGUGACAUCAAAACCGUAUGUGAAGAGGAUAGCUGCUGUUCCAGAGGGU